AUGCUGGCUAAUGGCUAUCUUUUAACCUCUGUGAGACGUGGGAGGAUACUUGGGACUUCUCCAGUCUGCGUGAGAUGUGUUAGAGAGAAUGAGGAUUCACUUCAUGCUGUGUGUGAUUGUGUGGGGCCAAGGCAACUAUGGAGUGCACUUCAAUGUGAACAUAAGAGGAACUAUCAGAUGUUUGAGGAGGGUUUUGUGUGGCCUUUUGAUCCUAUGGCUGGAAUAAUGACAUAUGUGUAUGAGGUGAAAGAGGCUUACUGGAAGGAAUUUAGAGGUGGUGGCAGGAUUGCUAUUGAUAUGAGGUGGAUAAAACCUAAUAAGGGGUGGAUCAAGUUAAAUGUUGAUGGUGAAGUUAAAGGUGAUGGUGGAUAG